AGAGCUGCACAGCUGUACGUAAUACAGGUGUGAGUCAGAGGGAGUUAACAGGACAAAGCCAGUUGUAUUUUCCCGUUCUCACUGACUUGAACGCAGUCGACGCCAGCACUGGAUUUACUCUUCAGAUCAAGGAUAAAAGUUGAAGUUACGCAACACAAUGAUCCGUCCUUCGGUGCUGUUCUUGGCCUGUGUGGCACUCGCUUUGGUUGUGCAGCCCGGCAUAGCAGAACCUGAGCCCGACUCCAAGGUGAAUGUAAAGAUCGACCCCAACGAUUCGAAGGUCAAUGCUAAUGUGGAAGUCAAGAAAACUGCAGACGAACUCUCCGUUAACGUCCAGUCCGAAUUCCUGGGUCCGGAUGACGAAGACAAGUUCUGUUGCAAAGUGGACGGCGAGAUCCACAACAACGGCACAUCAUGGUCAUACGGCAACGGCACCGAAUGCAUAUGCUUGGAGGGGCGUCAGGACUGCUGGCAUAUCCAUUCGUAAUGGCUGACUGAUAAACCGGCUGACUGAUAAAAAGCAUACGACGUUCAUCUAAGACUUCUCCAUGACAACGACUAUAACGAUGGCUAGUUAUCAGCGCUAAUUCGUAAGAGCAUUCGCUUAACAAGCCAUUGGAAUAACAACGACUUCAAGAUACCAAGUUGUUUAAAAUAUUAAAGGACCAAGAUACCAUGUUGUUCACGAUAUUAAAAGGCCAAGAUACCAUGUUCAAGAUAUCAAAGGACCAAGAUACCACGUUGUUCAAGAUAUUAAAGAGCCAAAAUGCUAAGAAAUACUGAGGUACCGUCGAAAUCACUGGCCACAGGAUGCAUCUAAAGUUAAAUGAAAAAUAUCAAAAGAAUAGUCGAGAAUUUUCCCAUUUCUUAGAUUAAUAGGUGGAACAAGACCAAUAACAAUGCCUUCUUUUUUGUCAAUAUCGUAUUGACACCUGUUUUGCAAGUAAAAAAGAUGUGAUAUAUGGAUAUUUAAGAGUAAAACGCGU